AUGAAUCAGCUUGAGGAUUUAAACAGUGCGUUCUCGGCGGAAGAUGAUGACUGCCCUAUCCCAGCCAGACGUGGCUUUCUCCAUGUCGGGCAUCCCUCCCAAAAGUAUGCUCUGAAUUGGAAGAUUGACCAAGCGGGUUCGGGAUGGCUAAGCCUUGGCAACUAUUUUGGGUUCUCAACUGUCUUGAUCAAGAAAAGAAAAACCAGUGAAUCACAGAUUAGCCCCACCAAACUACAAGUUGCAUUCCACGAAAAUUUAGUGGGGCUGAUAGAGGCUUUCUACGAUAGCACUGCUAUCUAUUUAGCUUACAACUACUAUGGGGUUGCAGUCAAUCUUUCGCAAGUCAGCUUAACCCCCGCUGUACGGUUAAGCGAGGCCGAUCUCUCGAGCAUCUGUAGGAGUGUUCUCAGAGGUCUCGAGUAUAUCCAUGAACAGCUUCAGAUAGGCCAUGGGAAUAUCAAUGGUGAUAAUAUUUUAUUAUGUUCCGAUGGGGCCGUUAAAAUAGGUAAGCAGUGGCCGGUAUCGUUACAGACGACAAACUAA